AUGACGGCUCACAAGUGUGUCAUGAUCGUUCAAUUCCGAAAAGAGGACACGCCUCAUAUGCAACGUUUGCCUCCACCUCUUGUGUCAACAUUGGUUGACAUCCAGAAUGGUUCCCGCGACGAGUUUGAUUACUCUGGCUGUUGCCUCCUGGAGCCUUGGCCCUGCUCUCCAUGCCCUUCAUUCCCCUCCUGCCCCGCCGCCACAGCAGUGACCAUCACUGUGACUGCAACGGCAUGUGUCCCGACACCCACUCCUAGUGGUGGUGGAGGUGUAACUCAACCUCUUCCUUCCCCGUCUUCUCCAGUGCCACCCGGCACACCAGGAGCUGGAGCUAGUCCAACAAGUGGUAUAAGUGGUGGUCGACCAGGUCCCAGUCCCAGCCCCAGUCCCAGUCAACCAGGUCAAUCCCCAUGCCCGACCAUCCCCGUGGGGCCCGGUGGUGGAGGUUCAACAUCUGGGGGCCCGCCAGCAUCAGCCACUAUGCAUAUUCCGACUAUAUCCUCCUCGGUGAAGCCUCAGCCUACCAGCGCCAUCCCUCCAACCAUCUCCCCCAUCCAUCCACCGACGAACACCCCAGUGCAACCUUCACAAACCAAGCCCAUUCCUCCGUCAAGCUCCCCAGGGAAAACCAAGCCGAUCCCACCCCCAGGUACCCCAGGAAAAACCAAGCCGGUCCCACCAACCAGCACGCCGGUGCAACCUUCACCCAGCGUGCAUCCAACUACCCAACCUGUUCCUCCUCUACCAAGUACCCCAGGAGCAACCCUACCAGUCCCACCAAGCACACCAGUUCAACCUUCACCUAGUGUGCACCCAACUACACCACCGGCUCCUCCAUCAAGCACUCCGGAAGGAACCAAACCCGCACCACCACCACCAAGCAGCACACCAAUUCAACCUCCGCCCAGUGUACACCCGACUACCCAACCUGUUCCUCCACCAGGCACCCCAGGAAAAACCAAGUCACUCCCGCCACCAAGCACACCAGCUCAACCUCCAACAAGCACCCCAGGUAAAACCAAGCCGGCGCCUCCACCAGGUACUCCAGUCCAGCUUCCACCCAGUGAGCAACCUCCAACAAGCACUCCGGAAGAGACUAAACCGGCGCCAUUAACACCAGCUCAACCUCCAACAAGUGAGCACCCAACCACCCAACCAGUUUCUCCUCCAACCAGUAUCCCAACCCAACCUCCAACAGAGACCCCAACGGAGACCCCAACUGGUUCACCUCCUGGUCCUCCGGUACCCACCGCUUCACCACCUGGCAGUGUGACACCGACCCAACCUUCAUCCUCUUCAGAGGAAGGAGUGAAGCCAACGACAACCCUACCAACCGUCCCUCCCACAGAAACUCCGGAGGAUGACCCUCCCGGUGAUGACCCCCCUCCUAAAACAACCCUUGAAAAGAGGGCAUAUCCCCGUUGGCACGCAAAGAAGGGGAAGCAUUGGAAUUUCACUAAGCCCGAGACGGGUAAGAAGCCCAAGACAACCGGUAGGCCUUUUGAGCCGCACUACGAUAACGACGAUGAGGAAUGA